AUUGAUAAGUGAAACAACGUCAAUGCUGAUAAACAUUAAAUACAAAUAAACAAAGUCGACUCAAAUCCAGCAACACUGAAGAAGUGGUUAAUUAAUCGCUAGAAAGACUAAAGAGGGAACUAAAAUUAACUGUCAAUGAUGUAGCAUUUUGUUUUAAAAGCUUGUAUCGUGACAAAAAUACGGGCCAAUCAGAGAAAAAUACGACUGCACAUAUACACAUAUCUUGCGUUCCAGGAAAAUGAUCCAUUUGCAUUUCAGUAGAUGGAGGAAACUGUUAAUUGCUUUGGCUAUUAUUGGCUUUCUUUUUGCCGUAUGCCAAAUCCUUCCAUCCGAAAACAAUGGGAAGCCCCAUUUGGAGACGUUGGAGUCUGCAAGUGAUGUUCCGCUGAUAAUAUGGUGGACACCAUUGGUGGAAGGUGGUUAUGAAUCGAGGAGAAUUUGUGACCUAAGUAACAUUUGCAGAUUUACAACAAAAAGGGACAAAUUGGGCGAUGCUGGCGCAAUUUUAUUUUAUGGAUCAAACGUUAAAACUGAUGAUUUCCCUCUACCACGCCUGCCUCAUCACAUAUGGGCUUUGAUACACGAGGAAUCGCCAAGAAAUGUACCAUUUAUGCCAUAUAAUGAUUGGCUACAGCAUUUCAAUUUUACAUCAACAUUCAGUCGAAAUAGUAAUGUGCCAUUGACAACUUAUUAUUUGACUAAUGUUGAAAACUUGACCUGUCCCACCUAUACAAUACCAAUAGGAGAAAAAUCACGUUACAAAGAUCAUGCUUUAGUUCUAUUCAUUCAGUCUGACUGUGAUACAAUGUCUGGGCGUGAUGACUACGUGAAGGAAUUGAUGAAUUACAUUAAAGUUGACUCAUUUGGAACCUGUUUAAAAAAUCGAAAUUUGCCAGACAGAUUGCAGAAAUUACAGCACGACUAUUUAAACAACCUAUAUGCGCCGGAACUGUUAAAAUUCAUAGGUCGCUAUAAAUUUGUAAUAUCGUAUGAAAAUGGAGUUUGUGAGGAUUACAUAACAGAAAAAUUUUGGAGGCCUCUCAUAGCGGGAUCAAUACCUAUUUAUUACGGAUCACCUUCUAUAAAAGAUUGGUCACCGAAUGAAAAGUCGUUUAUAGAUGUAAGAGAUUUCAAAAGUCCUGAAUCCCUAGCAAUGUAUCUUAAGGAAUUAGAUGCCGACGAUCGAGCUUAUAAUUCAUAUUUAAACCAUAAAUACAACAUGCUGCAGCCUAUUACUAAUAAACGUCUUCUAAAUGAUCUCAACAUGCGAAAGACUGCAAUGCAUAACGGUGAUUUGUUUCAAAGUUUUGAAUGUGCCGUUUGCUCACAUGUGCAUGACUUAAAGAAAAGAAAGAGCGAGAGUCUUAUGGCAUCUGAAAGACAUUAUCAAUGUGCUCACGACCCAGUCUAUCCAUCAAUGUAUGCAAAGGUAUCAAAUUAUGAUGAUUGGUACUCCAUUAUGAACAUUGGUAAAUGUAAAGCACGCAUUUUGGAUACAUUGUUUAGAAGGAAUAAGAACUAUACGAACGAAGAUUUCACAAACAUAUUAAAUAAAGAAUUAUCAUUAGGCAAAUGCUAAGUAAACUCCGUAGACGGACAACAAAAAAUAUCACAGAUAAAAAAUAUGGUCACUAGAAAUAAGUAAAGGUAUAAUUUUGUAUAAAUUUAUUUUAAAAUAUGACAACGAUUUACAAGGUGAUACAGUAAACAGACAUGAGAAUUUACCAACUUAAAAGUUGAUGCCAGUUUUUCUUAAGAUUAUACGUAGAGAGCUUGGCAUCAUGACAUCGCAUAUUUGGAGACGUAUCACAAAGGGAUAUCAGAGCCGACUAGAAUCCUCCCUUAGUUUUCCCUUAUAAUAUGACUUCAAUAUACCACUACAUGAUGUCAAGCUGCUCAUGUGUCAUUUUACAAAAAGGCAGGCAAUUACUUAAGGCAGAAAAUAAUCGUCUACAUGUUCUUACAUCAACUCGGUCUUUAUUGUAUUACAAAUAAACAAGUAAUGCGGAGGAUAUGUAGUUGUCAUCAUGAAAUCAAGGUAGGACACUGAUUUAUUUUAAUUUUUUUUAUUUGUCUGGCUAAACAUGCCAAAUUAAUUGUGCAUGUUCUUAUCCAUGGCCCAUUAUAAGGUCGACAAGCAAGCCCAGCUGAUACCUACAUUUGAUGUUAACAUAAUUUGAAUUCGCCAGACAACUUCAAUAGGUGUCAAAUUACUAAUGAUAAUAUUUACUUUCGAUUGUGUUUUCAAUUAUUUUAAAGUAUUCUGUAUGUAGUAUAUAAACGGUGACCAUGGUAGAAUCAAGGAGGUGGAGUCAAACAAUCAUAUGUCUACAUUUUUUUUCAAAAAUUAUUCAUUUGACAUCACAAUGUCGAAAUUUGUAUUUAUAAAUCCAUUGUAUAUACACAAAUCAGAGAUGGAAACCUGUUUUUAUGUAGUUAAAUUUGAUAAGGUAUAUUACAGAAAAUGCAGAGAUGGAUAUGCUUAUUUGAAAUGACUUUACCUUCUUAAUUUUACCAUGACUUUGACAUAUAACAAUUUCAAAUGAGAAAGAGCUAAUCGCCGUCGGUAAUGGACAAGAAUCACUCAAAAAAUCUCUCUAGCAGGAUAUAAACAAAUUUAUCUUAAAUAUUGUAUCAAUGCAUCAACCCCAGUGUACAAUAUUUUGAUAAAUAUUGUCCGCGGAAGAAUAAAUUUUACUAUUUUCUAACUAGACAAAA